AACAUAUUAAAAACACCAAAAACACAAUUUUCAUAAAAAAAAGGCAUUUAAUGGAAGAAAAUCUGUUGCAAAGGAGCUUUCAGGACUUGUUGGCUAACAUAAAAGAAAUGAUGAUAGCAAACAUCCUGACAACUCCAGAAUAAAACAGCACAGACAGAUAAACGCGAGCAACAGCAACAUCACAAAGCUGGAAAUGUGAAAAAUGACAAAUACCAAGGGUUGAAAGGAAGUUAAAAAGAUGUCAGGGGUGAAGGCAACAGUCAGUGGUAAUCAUAUCAGUCUGUCCAGAAGAAGGGCUUAGAUGAUGCGUGGAACCCCUCAGGCUCUCUCAUGCCUCUGGAAGAGGACACGACCACCCACACAUGAGGGGGAUAAAUUGGUUUGAAUCAGUUCCGACUCCAGCAGCCGCAAGAAGCCACUAACAUCCUUACAUGCUUCCGCAUCUGUGCACUGCCGGUUGUCAUGUGGUAAUACACCAGCAAUCACAUUGAUAUCCUUCUUUUUUUUUUGGCUGAACUUUCUUUUUACUUGCUGCUAUGAAACGUCCAGUCUGUGCAUCAACAGCUGUCGGUCACUGUGAUUGUCUUUUUGAAUUGAGGUCAGACUUUAGCGCACAGAGGAUGAGGCUGUGGAGCUUUCAGUCAUCCCACAAUAGACGCCCACCCAUUGAGAGACCUGCAGCCAAUCAGAUGACUCCAACCAUUGUGCACAUGUUGUGCUCUGCAGCCUUUAAAUGGCCCCACAGCAUCCGCAUCACAAAUAGACAGGAGGAUGGAACGCACAAAAAAGUCUGCGUGCAGGAGUCUCUUUGGCCCCGUGGAUCACGAGCAGCUGCGCCAGGAUUUACAGCAGGAGCUCCGGGAGAUGACGGAGCGGGACAGCCAGCGCUGGAACUUUGACUUUCAGGCGGGGACACCUCUGCCCGGCGGGUUCCAGUGGGAGGACACACCUGCAGACCGCGCUCCUGCGCUCUACAGAGAUUCCCUCACCUGCCCAAGCGGCGGAGAGAAGAGCGCAGACACCAACCAGGAGAACUGCUUCAACAUCUCCAACAAAUGUGCGGAGGAGAAAACGCCCGUCCAGAGGAGGAGGAAGAGGAGGCCCCUUUCCAAACCUGGAGCCAAGCGCAAGGCCGACGCGCGCAUCACAGAUUUUUUCCAGAAGAGGAAGAAAACAGAAGCAAAGAGCAUCCUGAGACCAUUCCAACCAUCUUCCAAGGAAACAGUUCAACGCAGGACAAUGAGAUAAAUAUGAAUGGACUCUUCUUAUGAACUGUUUUAUGAACUAUCUUAUGAAAUAUUGUUGCACACAUUUUUGUUUUUACAAUUUAAUUUUCAUUUCAUUUUCUGUUUUCUAAUUUAAAAUCGAAAAUCUUCUGGAAAUAUGUAUUUAUUCUAUUUAUACAAAUAAUAAACUUAAUUUCAUUUAAUAUUUUAAUAGGUUUACGUGAUUUUGGCUUAUUUUGCUGUUAAUUUACAGGUAAAACAUUUUGAAAAAGGGCAAUAGAUUAUCAAGAUGAGUUUUGCUGGAUUUUACCUUUUUUUAGAUAAAGGCACUUUUUGUUGUAUGUGUGUCAAUACUUUUCAUAUUUGAAAUUUUGUUAUGUUUAAUAAACAGAGUUAA